AUGGUGUUGCAGAUGCAGAUAGCUAAAAAGGUCUCCAUGACUCAAGUAAACAAAGAUGACGUUGGGACUGACCCUAUCAAUUUCCUUAAUUCUGAUAGCAAUAACAACCACAGCAGCUCAGUCACCAAACACAACUGCAGCACCUACCACUGCGGCACCCACAACUGCAGCACCUACCACUGCAGCCCCAACAACUACAGCCCCAACAACUGCAGCACCUACCACAGCAACAGCUACCACUGUAGCUCCUACCACUGCAGCACCCACCACUGUAGCACCCACAACUGCAGCGCCUACCACUGGAGCACCCACAACUGCAGCACCUACCACUGCAGCCCCAACAACUGCAGCACCUACCACAGCAGCAGCUACCACUGCAGCUCCUACAACUGCAGCCCCCACAACUGCAGCCCCCACAACUGCAGCACCUACCACAGCAGCAGCUACCACUGCAGCACCCACCACUGUAGCGCCCACAACUGCAGCAGCUACCACAGCAGCACCUACCACUGCAGCACCCACCACUGUAGCACCCACAACUGCAGCGCCUACCACUGGAGCACCCACAACUGCAGCACCUACCACUGCAGCCCCAACAACUGCAGCACCUACCACAGCAGCAGCUACCACUGCAGCUCCUACAACUGCAGCCCCCACAACUGCAGCACCUACCACAGCAGCAGCUACCACUGCAGCACCCACCACUGUAGCGCCCACAACUGCAGCAGCUACCACAGCAGCACCUACCACUGCAGCCCCAACAACUGCAGCACCUACCACAGUAGCAGCUACCACUGCAGUCCCAACAACUGCAGCCCCAACAACUGCAGCACCUACCACAGCAACAGCUACCACUGCAGCAGCUACCACUGCAGCUCCUACCACUGCAGCCCCCACAACUGCAGCACCUACCACAGCAGCAGCUACCACAGCAGCAGCUACCACUGCAGCCCCAACAACUGCAGCCCCCACAACUGCAGCAGCUACCACAGCAGCAGCUACCACUGCAGCUCCUACCACUGCAGACCCAACAACUGCAGCCCCCACAACUGCAGCACCUACCACAGACACAGCUACCACUGCAGCCCCAACAACUGCAGCCCCAACAACUGCAGCACCUACCACUGCAGUCCCAACAACUGCAGCCCCAACAACUGCAGCACCUACCACAGUAGCAGCUACCACUGCAGCAGCUACCACAGCAGCAGCUACCACUGCAGCUCCUACCACUGCAGACCCAACAACUGCAGCCCCCACAACUGCAGCACCUACCACAGCAGCAGCUACCACUGCAGCCCCAACAACUGCAGCCCCAACAACUGCAGCACCUACCACUGCAGUCCCAACAACUGCAUCCCCAACAACUGCAGCACCUACCACAGUAGCAGCUACCACUGCAGCCCCUACCACAGUAGCAGCUACCACUGCAGCCCCUACAACUGCAGCUCCUACAACUGCAGCUCCUACCACUGCAGCACCCACCACUGCAGCGCCCACAACUGGAGCACCUACAACUGCAGCACCUACAACUGCAGCCCCCACAACUGCAGCACCUACCACAGGAGCACCCACCACUGCAGCGCCCACAACUGCAGCACCAACCACUGCAGGACCCACCACUGUAGCUCCCACAACUGCAGCACCUACCACAGCAGCAGCUACCACUGUAGUUCCUUCCACUGCAGAGCCUACCACUGCAGCACCUACAACUGCAGCACCUACCACUGCAGAACCCACAACUGCAGCACCCACCACUGCAGCACCCACAACUGCAGCACCCACCACUGCAGGACCCACCACUGUAGCUCCCACAACUGCAGCACCUACCACAGCAGCAGCUACCACUGUAGCUCCUUCCACUGCAGUGCCUACCACUGCAGCACCUACAACUGCAGCACCUACCACUGCAGGACCCACAACUGCAGCACCUACCACUGCAGUGCCUACCACUGUAGCACCCACAACUGCAGCACCUACCACUGCAGCACCUACCACUGUAGCACCCACAAUUGCAGCACCUACCACUGCAGCGCCUACCACUGCAGCACCCACCACUGCAGCCCCCACAACUGCAGCACCCACCACUGCAGGACCCACCACUGUAUCUCCCACAACUGCAGCACCUACCACAGCAGCAGCUACCACUGUAGCUCCUUCCACUGCAGCGCCUACCACUGCAGCACCUACAACUGCAGCGCCUACCACUGCAGCACCUACCACUGCAGAACCCACAACUGCAGCACCCACCACUGCAGCACCUACCACUGCAGCCCUCACAACUGCAGCACCCACCACUGCAGGACCCACCACUGUAGCUCCCACAACUGCAGCACCUACCACAGCAACAGCUACCACUGCAGCACCUUCCACUGCAACGCCUACCACUGCAGCACCUACCACUGCAGCACCCACAACUGUAGCACCCACAACUUCAGCACCUACCACAGCAGCACCUACAACUGCAGCACUUACCACUGCAGAACACACAACUGCAGCACCUACCACUGCAGCGCCUACCACUGUAGCACCCACAACUGCAGCACCUGUCUCUGGAGCACUUGCUACUGCAGCACCCUCCAAUGUAGCACCCACAACUGCAGCACCUACCACUGGAGCACCUGCAACUGGAGCACCUACCACUGCAGUACCUAUCACUGCAGCACCUACCAAUGGAGCACCUGCAACUGGAGCACCUGCCUCUGGAGCACCUGCAACUGGAGCACCUACCACUGCAGCACCUACCAAUGGAGCACCUACAACUGCAGCACCUGCCUCUGGAGCACCUGCAACUGCAGCACCUGCCUCUGGAGCACCUGCAACUGGAGCACAUACAACUGCAGCACCUGCCUCUGGAGCACCUGCAACUGGAGCACCUGCCUCUGGAGCACCUGCAACUGGAGCACCUACAACUGCAGCACCUAUCACUGCAGCACCUACCAAUGGAGCACCUACAACUGCAGCACCUGCCUCUGGAGCACCUGCAACUGGAGCACCUACAACUGCAGCACCUGCCUCUGGAGCACCUGCUACUGCAGCCCCUCCUUCUACAUCAAGUACUUUUGUAUCUGUGACUUUCAGAUCUGUUCUUGACACCUUUACAAAUGAUUUGCUGGAUUCAUCAUCCCUGGCUUUUCGGAGUCGAGCUGCACUGAUUAGGAGACAGCUUGAACCUCAGUAUCGAGAUGCAUUCCCAUCCACAUUCAGGUCUUUGACAGUGCGAGCUUUCAG